CUGUACAUACAUCCAAGCAAUGCUGCCGUCCUUCUCCCCGGCGGCCACCGCGGCGGCGACGCCCCCUCGCCCCAUCCCGGGCGGCUACGGUAUCCCCGUGCUCGGCCCGCUCCGCGACCGCCUGGACUACUUCUGGUUCCAGGGGCCCGAGGAGUUCUUCCGCCGCCGCGCCGCCCAGCACCGGAGCACGGUGUUCCGGGCCAACAUCCCGCCCACGUUCCCCUUCUUCCUCGGCGUCGACCCGCGCGUGGUCGCCAUCGUCGACACCGCCGCCUUCACGGCGCUCUUCGACAACACCCUCGUCGACAAGCGCGACUGCCUCAUCGGGCCCUACAACCCAUCCGACUCCUUCACCGGCGGCACCCGCGUGGGCGUGUACCUGGACACGGAGGAGCCCGAGCACGCCCGCACCAAGGCAUACUCCAUGGAACUCCUCCGCCGCAGCUCCCGCGUCUGGGCCCCCGAGUUCCUCGCCGGCGUCGACACCAUGCUCACCGCCGUCGAGUCGGACCUCGCCGCCGGCAAGGAAGGCGGCGCCAGCUACCUGGUCCCGCUGCAGCAGUGCAUCUUCCGGUUCCUGUGCAAGGCGGUGACCGGCGCGGACCCGGCGGCGGAGAGCCUCGUCGACCGCUUCGGGUUCUACAUCCUGGACGUGUGGCUGGGCCUCCAGCUGGUGCCGACGCAGAAGGUCGGCGCCAUCCCGCAGCCGCUGGAGGAGCUCCUCCUGCACUCCUUCCCGUUCCCCUCCAUCAUCGUCAAGCCAGGCUACGACAUACUCUACCGCUUCAUCGAGAAGCACGGCGCGGAGGCCGUCGCCGUCGGGGUGGACAGUCACGGGCUCACCGUCAAGGACGCCGUCAACAACAUCCUCUUCGUGCUCGGCUUCAACGCCUUCGGCGGCUUCUCCGUCUUCCUCCCCUUCCUCGUGCUCGAGAUCGGCAAGGCCGACGCGGGCGCGCUCCGGACCCGGCUCCGGGACGAGGUCCGCGCCGCGCUGGAGGAGACCGGCGGAGAGGUCGGGUUCGCGGCGGUGGCCAAGGGGAGGAUGCCGCUGGUGCGGUCGACGGUGUACGAGGUGCUCCGGACGCGGCCGCCCGUGCCGCUGCAGUUCGGGCGCGCGCGGCAGGACUUCGUGCUGCGCUCCCACGGCGGCGAAGGGUUCGCGGUGGCGCGGGGCGAGAUGCUGUGCGGGUACCAGCCGCUGGCGAUGCGCGACCCGGCGGUGUUCGACCGGCCGGAGGAGUUCGUGGCGGACAGGUUCGUCGGGGAGGAAGGGGAGAAGCUGCUGAGCUACGUGUACUGGUCCAAUGGCCCCGAGACGGAGGACCCCGCGCUGGGCAACAAGCAGUGCGCCGCCAAGGACGCCGUCAUUGCCACCGCCUGCAUGCUCGUCGCCGAGCUCUUCCGCCGCUACGACGACUUCCAGUGCGAAGGCACAUCCUUCACCAAGCUCCAUAAGCGGCAGCCCAGCUGAACUACUGAUGGAGUUCAUCAGUACGUCCACGUCAGCUGCAUCUAGUAGGAAAUGACUAGCUCCAUUUUUUUUUUGUUUUCGCUCGACUUCUCCCAGCAAUAGGUCUAUCAGGUGAGCUUGGUAAAUAAGAAAAUAAAUCUCUCUCCAUGUAUCUGUAAGGAUUCAGUCCAUUCUGGUGGUAAAU